UUCCCACCAGCAGGUGGUGCCACACAGCUUUACACGUGUCAUUACGUUCAGGUUUGGGGCGAGAAGGAGACGACGUACCGCUUCGUCACAACAUGGUCCACAUUUCGUGUUUAUUUUACGUUGUCUAAAGCAGAAAACCCGACAUUUUUUGUCUCCUUUUUACCGAAUAACUUCCCGGACACUGUGGUCAUCGACGGAGCAGAGGUCACGAUGCCCGUCCAGUGCAGCUGCUGCGGCGAGAAGCGGGCCAUGCUAAAACGUCCGAAAACCGGCCACUCGGUGUGCAAGGACUGCUUCUUCUGGGCCUUCGAGGAGGAGGUCCACGAGACCAUUGUGUCGGCAAAGCUGUUCCGACACGGGGAACGAGUGGGCAUUGCUGCCUCUGGUGGGAAGGACUCCACGGUGCUCGCUCACGUGAUGAAGGUCCUGAACGAACGCUACGGCUACGGACUUGAACUCAUGCUCCUCUCGGUGGACGAAGGAAUCACCGGUUACAGGGACGACUCGCUGGAGACCGUGAAGCGGAAUCAGCAGCAGUACGAACUGCCACUGAAGAUCGUCUCGUAUGAAGAGCUGUACGGCUGGACAAUGGACGCCAUCGUGAAGCAAGUGGGACUGAAGAACAACUGCACCUUCUGCGGGGUGUUCAGGAGACAGGCCCUGGACCGAGGAGCCAUCAUGUUGAAAGUGGACAAGAUAUGUACCGGCCACAAUGCCGACGACGUCGCCGAAACCGUUUUAAUGAACGUCCUGCGCGGGGACGUCGCCCGUCUUCGCCGCUGCACUGCCAUCUCCACUGCCAGCGAAGGAGAGGCGGUGGUGCCGCGCUGCAAGCCCCUCAAAUACGCCUACGAGAAGGAGAUCGUCCUGUACGCCUACUUCAAGAAGCUGGACUACUUUUCCACCGAAUGUAUUUAUUCGCCCAACGCCUACCGCGGCCACGCACGCACCUUCAUCAAGGACCUGGAGAGCGUCAGAGCCAGCUCCAUCGUGGACAUCAUCCACUCGGGAGAGAACCUGUCAGUGCGGGAGGGGGUGAAGAUGCCGGUGCAGGGAACCUGUAAUCGCUGCGGCUACAUCUCCAGCCAGGCUCUGUGCAAAGCCUGCGUGUUGCUGGAGGGGCUCAACCGUGGCCUCCCCCGGCUGGGCAUAAGCAAACAUCACCGACUGCACGGGAAAAUCCUCGCCCGGCAGCCGCUCACCGAGAAGGAGGAGCGGAAACUAAGAUCUGAGAACUCCUGACCGUUUUCCUUCCACCCAAAUAAAAGCAAUGUUUUCCGGAUCCUGGUGGCGAAUUGUCGGCAAAAAAUUGUCAAUAUACUUUUUGAUUUUAAGGAUAAAAUGUAUUUAUUUAUACGAAUAACAAAUAAAAGUAACUAAUAUGUCCAAUA